AUGGGUAUGACAUGGUUUCAAGAUAGUAUGUUUCACUUGUUUUGGGAGUGCAAAUUUAGCACUGAAAUCUGGAGGUGGAUUUGCUCUAUAUUCAAAUUUCAAAUACCAAAUUCCUUUGAUGAUGUGUGGAAGAGAGCAACUAAUGUAAGCCCUUUGGUUAAACAAGUAUGGAUAUGUGCAACUUGUAUCAUUCUUAAAGAGCUGUGGUUUCAGAAGAACAAAAUUUCUUUUGAAGACAUAAAGCCUAAUAUGCAGAGAUUCAAGUGCAGAAUUUUAAAGCUGGUUCAUGAAAGUGGAUUGAGAAUCAAAGGAACUAAAUGGUGUCAGAAUUAUGAUCAGCGGAUCAUUACUGUUUUUGAUUUGGGAAUUAGGCAUUCCAAAUUUCAGUGCAUCAAAAAAUGUUGUUGGGAUCCUCCUGAGCUAGGUGUGGUUAUUUUUUGUUGUGAUGGCUCAUCCUUUGGUAAUCCAGGCUCUGCAGGUUUUGGUGUUGUUACUAGAGACUCAAAUUGUCAGGUAAUUGGUACUCUCACUGGUGGUAUUGGAGUAGCUACAAACUACUUAGCAGAAUCUUAUGGUGACAUGAAUGCUUUAGAGUCGGAAGUUGAAUAG